AGGCGAGCGAAGGCUUGAAGUCCGAAGCGAUGCUCCUCUGCUCGCCGCAGGGCUCCCGCUCGAGCGGAGAAGCGCCCGAGGAUGCCCGCCGAGGAGCUUAACGCUACCACUUUGAAAGAUGCUCGGUUGAAAGACCUGCUUUUUCACAGAGCGGAACUAGAGUUUAUUCAGAUUAUCAUCAUCAUAGUGGUGAUAACUGUUAUGAUAGUAGUGAUCAUCUGCUUGCUGAAUCAUUAUAAGGGGUCAACAAGGUCCUUCAUCAGUUGUCAGAGCCAAAGCAGGAGGCAAGAGGACUCUUUACAACCAGAGAGGUGUCUGUGGCCUUCUGACAAUUCAUCUUCUCGACAAGGACCUUCAGAGAUAAUGUAUGCCCCACGUUCCAGGGACAGAUUUACCGCUCCAUCUUUUCUGCAGCGAGAACAUUUCAGUCGCUUCCAGCCAACUUAUCCCUAUGUACAGCACGAGAUUGAUCUGCCUCCUACAAUCUCUCUUUCUGAUGGUGAAGAGCCACCACCAUACCAAGGGCCCUGCACUCUGCAGCUUCGGGAUCCAGAACAACAGAUGGAACUUAACAGAGAAUCCGUGAGGGCACCACCAAACAGAACUAUAUUUGACAGCGACUUGAUAGAUGUUUCAGUAUACAAUGCGGGCCCUUGCCCACCAAGCAGCAAUUCGGGAAUAAGUGCAACCAAUUAUAGCAGUAAUGGAAGGAUGGAAGGACCACCCCCAACCUACAGUGAGGUCAUGGGGCAUUAUCCGGGUUCCUCUUUUUUCCAUCACCAGCAAAGCAACAUGCCUUCUUCAUCACAGAGGGGGAGCAGACUUCAGUUUCAGCAGAACAAUUCAGAGAGCACAAUAGUCCCUAUUGAAAACAAAGACAGGAAACCAGGAAACUUUGUCUAGUUUCUUUUUCCAUGUGCACUUGAUAAGAGACAGGAGAAUCAAACAGGAGCAUAAGGGAAGCUUCUAUGCCCCUGUGCACAAUGUUGUUAAAAGUUUCAUGUGACACAAUUUAGUCAAAACCAAACGUACAAAGCUGUUCUUUAUUUCCGAUUCCUUUAAGGGGAAUUGCAUGAAAAUUGUUUUGACAUAAUUGCAACCUUCCAUUCAGUUUGGCCAUGAGCAGUGUUUUUUAAAAAAUAUAUUAUUUUUUUAAUAACAUAUUUGAAUUAUUUAAUUUUAAGAAGUAACUUAGGCACAAAAACAUGCCUCGAUUGGCCUGUUUUAUAAUAAGUUAAAGGCUGAAAGAGGAGAGUAAGAAAGAUAAAUGGGGGCAAAAUUGGCCAGUUUGCUUUCUCCCCCUUCUCCCAGAAUAUAUGAUUUCUUUUUUUCCUGUUUCCACAUUUAUGUUGUGUGCCAAUUUUUUUAGGAAAAAAACCCUAAAUGAAUACAAGGAAUUAAUUUGUGUUGUGAUACUAGUGUGUUAAAUUUGCACUAUCUUUCAUGUUUUAAAUAUCUAUGAGGGAACUUUUACCUAUAAGGUUCUUCUAUAAGGUGUCUUUUUACCUUUUCAUUAUUAACCCCCAUGACUUUGCCCAGGCCUCUGUUGAUGAUCCCCAUUUUGGGGCAUACAGAUUUAAAUAGGCUUCUUAUCAUUCUACAUAACAGAGAAUAAAUGAUAGAAGACAUUUUAACAUGUUACUGUUUGCAAUAAUUUUGCAUUCAAAUAGGGUAUCAGCAAAUUGUCUUAGAAAUUUUGUAGAUGGAAGAAAGCAAAUGUGAAAAUACAGAAGCACCUUCUUUUGGUGAUUUUUAGCUAUAAGCCAUUUGUUUCACUAGAACAGAUUAAAUGCCACAUUUACUUUUUUUUUGUAAUUACAGCUAUAGCUUAACUGCUUGUCACCCUUUUUUUUUACACAAUUCAGUGUCAGUAGUACUUAAAGCUUUUGCAAAUUUUUACCUUCAGUGUAGUCCAUAAUAUAUUCAGUCAUAUAGCCUUACUUACAUCAUACAAUAAAUGAUUUUAAAAGUACAACACGUAUUCUGCUGUUAAAUUAUAAUUACGUUGUUUAAUAUUACUUUUUUGUGUUUUACUUUCUAAAGAGAAUGAUCUGUUAUCAGUCAGCAUUUCUUAUCUGAUAAUGUGGGAAUAAUUGAUUGCAGAAUACUACCAGGAACUGCUUCAGAGUAUUAACAGGUUUUACAAUUGGUUAAUGUUGUUCUGAAUCAAACUGAUUUUAAAUCUAUUGUGCAAGCAAUCACAUAAUGUUUUAGAUCUUUUUUUCUUAAUUGAAAUUUCUUAUCCUCUUAAAUGCCACUUUAGGACUGCUCCAGUUUUUACACUUGGACUCUAAAGUAUUCCAGCAAUUUUGAUCUGUUUUGGAAUCCUCAGUUAUUGGCUUUUAUGCUUGAUUAUGUGUUUUUAGUAAAUUGAAAGAGUUUUGAACAAAAUGGUUUUCUAUUCAAAAGCACAGCUAAAGCACAACAGGCACUUCAAAUAUGGUGAGCAAAUGAAUUUUAAAAGAAAACAAAAGAAAAUCUAUAGAGUUCUGAUAUUCUGGGCAAAAUUGCAAUUGCACACAAGUUUCCUUCAAAUUUCUCUUUUCUAUGGUUUUUAUAGGCAACAUUUUCCUAAUUGAAAUAGUCUAACAAGUACAGCAUUAUAAUAAUGCCUUUGUUCUGUUUUCAGAAUUUUUUUUCUCUUUUCGGAGGACUUCGAAGUAAAUUAGAUUGAAAUCUAGAAUCUGAACUCAGUUUCUGAUCUAUGCAGAGUUUUUAUGCCAAAAUAGCAUGUGUGGUGGAUGUGUGUUUUAAUUCCAUCUCUGUCUGGAAGCUUUCAUAAAUCUUAAAGUGGCUCCUGAACUCAAUGACUAGCUUGAAAAAAAUCCUUAAACAACAAUUCUGUUGUAAGGAUAGAAUGCUAUGUUUGUAAUUGGGUAGAAUCUUGUUUAUGUCCUGAUUAUGUAGUCAUGAUUUAGAAGCUAUUUUUCUGAUCCUUGUAAUUUCUGCUGAUUCACGUAUCUGUCAUGUGAUAACUGUAAAAACUCUGUGAUAUUUAUGUGAAACAGCCAUUACAAGUUGGCAUCUUCAGGUUCUCAUAUUUGGUAAACAUUGUUUCUUUCAAUGGAUGUGAAUUUUUUGAUAUUAUUUGGUGUUGCCCAUUUAAAAAUGUAAGACUGAAAUUCAGUGACUAUUUUUGAAACCCUGAUUUCCAAAUGAAAUUUCUCUGAACUAAAACUUAGAAUGACAUAGUCAUAUAUGACAUAUUUUAAAUUAUAACUUUGGUUAGCCAAGACAGCAAAAGAGCAAAACUCAUAUUAAUACAGUUUAUAGUUAUAAAAAAAUUCAUUGUAUGAAUGGAUAAUUAAGUCAACCCUACUUUUUGACUUUGGAAGUUGUCAGUCUUAACUGGAAACUCUUGAAUAUGUAGAUGGAAAGUGGGUAUAAUGAUUAAAUGCUUGAAAUUGAAUUUUAUGUACUAUUUAUUCAAAAUGAUAUUUCAUAAAAAGUCAUUUUAUUUGAUGUUAAACCCAAUAUUAAUUUAAGCACUGACAUAAUUUUUAGAUUACUAGAAAACUCGCUCAAACUGCUAAGCUCUAUUCCCCACCCCCCACCCCCAAUGUUUUACUAUUUUGGUCCCAUUAUUGCUGAAAGCUCUGGAUAGUUCUUGUAUUAGGAUUCAAAAUGGGCUACAAUGUGUAGGAACUGAUGCUUAAUUUAGAAAUGAGCCUUUCCUUGUGCAAUGUAAUUCCUGGAACUUACUUUAAAUAAUGCCAUUUUGGAACUGUGCCAUAAUAAUCUCAGUAGGUUGAUUUGAUGUUUCUUUUGUUCCCUUUUUCCUUCCAACUCUUUUUGGAACCAGGCACCUCUGUAUUAUCUUCUCUUACUACUGUCAUAUUUAUAUUUUCUAGAAAUGUUGUUUAAAAGCUUUAAUUCAAAUACAUAUGAAAGCAGUCUGUUUAGGAGUUAGAAUAACAAUUAAUGGGAGCUUAGAAAUAUGUUAAUUCUAGAGUGUUGCUUCAGAAACAGCAUCUUCAAAUGAUAUUUCAUAGGGCAAAUAUUUUUAAUGAGAUAGAUUAAUACGUGUGGAGUAUUUGGGGCUUUUAAAGUUCCAAAUUAUUUGUCUUUUUUAAUGGUGAAAAUGCUGUCAGCUUAAACCUGGAACUGAGUAUUUGGGGCUUUGGGGAUCCAGAUGAAAUGUUAUGGAAGGAUCAGUUGUAGUGAUAAGUCUUAUGAAAACAUUUUGUAAGGUGGAGUAUCAAAUGGCAACCUCCCUAUGUCAAUAUUUAUCUUACUAAAAGCUGACUAAAAGUUGUUACAGUAGGAAAUGCCAUACUUUUCUGCAACCUGGCAGUCAAAAUAGAGUAGUAUUGUCCGUUUUAUGACCCUUUCAAAAUUGAUUGUCUGUCUAUCUGUCUGUCUGAUAAUGGGUUGGCCUUGUCCAGGAGCUAGCAAUGCAUAACAUGCAAGCCACAUCUACAUGAUAAAAUUAUUGUAAUAAAGUUAAUUUCAUGUUUUGCAUUUUUUUUCAAAAAGGAGCAUUUAUAGACAAACCAGCAGUUUAUUCAAAAUUGUAUGUAUUAGUAAUUUUAUACCUAUAUAUGCAAGGCAUAAUUAAUCCCAACUUUUGAAAAAUGCAGUCCAUAAAAAUUUUCUUUUGAUACAUAAUUACAGUUCUGUGCAGCUCUCAACCACCUAAAUAUCAAAUGUUAUAAAUAAGUUGUGUAUGUGUGUAAUGUAACUCUUUUUUUUACUUAGGUCAUCUUUUAAUUAAGAUAGAGGGUCUUGCUAUUUAUUUUCAGGUUAGAAUCCAGUUAGUUAUUCUUAUCAUUUUUUACUCAAAUAAAAAAAAACUUAGUAUAAGUUCUCUGUAUUCAAAGAAUAAGCACACACAGGGAUUAGUAACAUAAUUAAUAUAAGCACUCUCUUAAUUAACAAAUAUCAUUAUUUCAUCUGUUCUGAAACCUUUCUUAAGAAAGUAUUCCUCAUCAUGUACAACAUAGUGGGUUAGGAUCUCAGAAGUCUAGCUGUAACCUCAAAAGUUCUCCACUUGCCAAAAAAGUUAUAUAGAAAUAAAUGGCUUUAAUCUACAUUUAAAUCACACAAUUAAAGCUUAUCUCCUCCACUUUUUUUCUCCCUUUUUCAGAUUACUUGUAGCAAUUUGUCUAUGACUAUGCAACAAUGAGUCCUGUGGUUUCUUUUGAUAUAUUGUAACCACAUACAGGCUUACAACCUAAAUGUUCUAAAUUAAGUCUCAUUAACUCAAUUUGUCAUCCUAUAUGCGCAUUUCCAAGAAUUAGCCAAUAUGUUUGUUGGGUAUGAAGCACAGCAAUGUACGUUAUUCUUUCAGCUUCUUACGAUGUACUCCAUUAGUAUCCUUGUGCAACGUAGGUAUAGAUAUUGGAUUCUUUCUCUGCAUGCUUUAUGUUCCAUAACUUCAGAUAAUUUGCACAGGGAUCAUAAGGUUGGGAAAGGAAGAAGCUAAAUGAUUUUUUUAUGUGAGGUUUAAGGUAUUUGUGAAGUAAAUUUGGUUAGUUUUCACUGAUCAAGUGUAUUGAUCUUUCCAAAGGCAUGUAGCAGCCUUCGAAUCUCAAUUACAGGCAAUUUGAGUCUAAAUCUCUGAGAUAGUGAUAUUAAAGGACAAUUAAGUGGACAAUUUGUAUUAUAAACUAACACAUUUGAUCAAACCAUUUAAACUCUUUAACAUCAAAAACUACAUUGUCAUGAAGGUGUGCUUGAUUAUACUUAUGUCAAUAUAGAGCCUGUUGCUGAUGAGACUCAAAGAGACAGAAAUUUCUGUGUUGCAUAUUUAAAAGCAUAAGUACUUAAGGGGCUAAUUUGACCUCGUGGAAGCAGAGAGAUUGCAAGGGCAAAAGAUUUAAAAACAUUUCCAAGAGAUGGAGAUGAGAUUUAUUUGUAUGCAACAGAACACAACAGUGAUAACACAUUGUUCUACAUUAGUUUUCUAAGCCAAAUCUAUAUUGCAAUUUUUUACAUUGAAACCUUGGUUGUAUUGAUAAGUCAAUACUUAAAGAUUAAGUAUAAUCUUUAUUGUCAUUGUACUUAAAUACAACAAAAUUGGUUUAGGUCCUAAAUAUAUAACAAUAAAGACAAAAUAUAAAAACUAUGCCCUGAUACCUUCAUUUUGGAAAGAAGAGAUAAUUCCAAGGACAUAGAUUUUUCAGGACCAUUAUCCCUAACUUUUGCAAUGUGAGAGUUUGAAAUUUCUGUAGUAGGAACAAAUAUAUUUCAAUUGUGGAAUAUGUUUGUGACUAAAAUAUAAGGGCAAAACUUUGCAUGUUUAUUAAACUGAAUAAUUUUUAUUUAGUAGAUUUCAUCUAAAUAAACACAGUAUAUGGAUGCAUAUUUUGCAGUAUUACUUGGGGUGGGGAAAGAAAGGCAUGAAUCUGCAAGCUACUAAGGUAUUGUGUUAAUUUUGUGUUAAAUAGACAAAGGUGAGAAAUUCUAAAUGAAUGACUUGGGGCCUAAUGUAUUGUUUCUGAAGUGGGGAUGGUACAUACCCCACCCCUCCAUACCCCUUUCUUAUAUAUGGCAAUCACAGCCCAUACAUAUAGUAUCUUAAAUUGUGGGAUGAUUCUGUAUCAGUUAUAUUUUUUGGCUUUUUUCAAAAUUACGCUGUGGUGAUCUUGGGAUUUUUUUCUUGCCGAGCCUCUAAAUCCUGCCUAAUCGGCAUAAAACUGCAGUGUUUGCUCUGUUUUCUAUUUUGUAAAUUAAUGAAUACUCUUUAUUUAAAUACUUAUACUACUUUUUAUAUGAAGAGCUUAAAAAUGAUAUUACUCGGUUCAUACUUCAAUUUAGUGAACAAAUAAUGUAAACAUUUUAUAAGUAAACUCUUUUGAAACUUUAUUAUUUGGGGGGCAUUUAUCAUUUAUCAUAACAAAUUAUAUAUUAUACUCUUCAACUACUUUUCAAUUUUUUUAUUAUUACUACUUUUUUAGAAGGAUCACGUUUACAAUAGUACAAUGCUAUCUCAUUUUAUAAGCCUUCUGUACCUUUUGAUGCAGAAUGUGUUUCUACCAUCCGAGAUGUCUAGAAAGCACCAAACCUUCAUCUUAGGAGGUAGGGGGACAAAUGAGGAUUGGGGAGAUCCUAAUGUUUUGAGCAUUGGAGUAUAUGCUGUGUGAAUGCUCCAGUUAGCUGUAUAACUUUCCAUAUAACAUUGGCCCUUUAGACCAAUGUUUGGACUCUCAUCUUGAAGUGUGUGAAGAACAUUAUUAAAAGCUACCCAGGGUUGCCUCGAACUGCAAGAUGAGUAGCAUAUAGAUUUUAUAAAUAAAAUUAUUAGCAAGGACGAGAGGGGUGUUGACAGUUUAGCAUAUAAAUGGCAUACAAAUCUUCUUUAUUAGCUUAGCAUGUAUUUUGGAAGGAGCGGGGGUCACAGGGAAGUAUGUAUUUUCUGACCUCUCGAGCUGUAAGCCUUAUUUUAAUUGCAUUGCCUGAUCCUAGCAACAGCAGAUCCUUGUUUUGAAUGUUGUGUUGUUUUAGCAUUUCCUCACUUUCUCCUACAUUUCAAAAAACUGAGCAAACAACAUAGGCAAGGUCAAUUAUGUUCCCAUAUGUAAUCUCAAAUGUAAUUAAUUUGGUCUUUGUUUUUGUUUGCUUUUUCUUAGUGAUAGUAAAAAGUUGCAUUUCUGGCUUUGCUAAAUAAAGUGAAUCUGCCCCAUCUUUGGAUCCUAAUUAUAACUGGCAUUGUAUCUCUUAACUCUUGGUUAAUUCUGUUCUCCAUUCUUACUUCUUUCACCUCUGGUGAAUCUUGUUCUCAUAAUAUAGUUAAUACAGUCCAAUCUGGGCAUUGUAGUAUUCAGAUAUUUUUGAUAUAGAAACCACCCAUUCUCACGACAUUUUAUAGAAAAUAUAUCCAUAGUUAAGUCCUGAAAAGUCCUUGUGUUAUCUUGAAAUAAAUCAAUCACUACACCAUUAUUUCUUCUCUUUCUACAGAUAAAUGGAAUUUAGACUUGCAAUACUGUGCAGUGUUAAAUUUGUUCAAAAGAAGUAAUUGCAUUUCUGUUUAAAAUAGGGAUGGAGAAGGGGAGAUGCGGUGCAUAGAAAUUGCUCUGCAAUAUUCCUUUAAAAUAUAUGGAACUCUUAUUCAAUAAUGCUUGUGUUUAAAAUGAAAUGCACCCCUCCCUUUGUGGGGAUAGCCAAAGGUACUUGUUCCACAAGAUGUUUCAGUAAAAUCAAUAGAUUUUUAAUAUUUUGUUUUGUUUAUGCAGCUACCUUUCAUGCUUGGUCAAUUCAAACAUAGGUUUAUAAUGUUCUCCAAGAGAUGAAUCAUGGAUUUAAUUAAUAGUAAAGCCGGUUUAGAAUGCCUGUUUAUUCCUGAUGACUUGAGGGAAUUCAGCUUUACACUGCAGAAGCAUUUUUGAGUAUGCAUGAAUUAUUUCAGCUCAAGUCAAAUUCCCAUUAUUUCAUCUUUGCCAUAUAUGUUCUCUUCUUCUUGUCUAACUUCUUUUCUUUGGUUUGUGUCAGUUUUUUCUCACUGUCCAGGGACUCUUUAUACAUUAGAGUAGGUUCAAUUGCUUUGAUUCAAGUCUUUUCAUUCGGGAUUUUUUUCUUUUGUUUUAUAUAAUUCAAUCUUUGUAUGCAUGUAAUCUUUAUCUCCUAGUUCAAUGUACAGAUGUAAAAAUAAUUUGGUAAAAUUAGUGUCCUUUAAUUGAUAAAGAAAGAAAUCCGAUUACUGUUACUUGAAGAAACUUCUUAAUUUCAUGUCUGUCGUUUUGAAAAGUGUACGUUCCCUAUUACUUAAAAGGGAGUAUGGUCUACACUCUAGGUGCAGUGCUCUAUGGUUUGAAGAGGAACAAUAUAAAUAUGAAUUUCCUCUUCUGGAUAGAUUUGAGGGAAGUCCAUGACAUUUGUCUAGCUAGGAUAAGUCAUGACUUGUUUUCUGUAUGAGAACCUUCUUCUGAAAUAUUUCUGGAUAUUUCUUCUGAAAUAUUGUUCCUCUAUAUCUUACAGAGAAGAGGUACAAGGCUCAGUUCAUUAAAUCAUUGUUUGUCCACAAUUAAUUUAUGUGAUAUGACAAUGCACACUGCAGUUCUUAAUGUCAUACAAUUGAAUAUUUUGCAUGGUAAACCAUAAAACAGUAGUUAAGUGCAUUUUGCUCCUUUCCAUUUGUCAAUUUGUCAAAGCAGAUAGUUAAUCCACAAAUAAAGUAUUAUUCUGUUUUAAAAGAGAAUAUUCUCCAUUCCCACUCUCUGUGAACUUCAGUCACCAAAUACUGUACAAAUUGCUCACUGAGUUGUUCUGUCAUUAUUCGGGAGACAUGACCUAUGAAAACAUCCUCAAGAUAUCAGGUUUCCUAAUCUUCUCCCUUAGUAUCUAACAUCUAAAAAAACAUCAGGUUUCAUCUCUGAACAGCGUCUCUAGCUUUACUUUUGCUAAGCCCUGAAAUAUGCUGUUCUUUAGGGGAUAAUGGAUACUUGGGUUCAGUGCUCUUUAAAUAUACUAAUUUUACAGGUUAGUGGUUUUACUGCUUCUGACAUUGCCUUCCUCCAGUACUCAAUGAACAGUGACAACAAAUAGAAAACAUGCUUUGGAGAAUAGGCUAAUGCUGAUUUUCAACCAUGAUGUAUUUCACCAAAAUUCAAAAAUAAUCUUAAUUGCCACUAAGGUAAAAAAAUAAAUUGAACAAAUAAUUACAAAUUAUAAAUGUAAAUGAAAUAAAUAAAUGGAAAAAUAAAUGAAACAAGACCCUUAUCAAGGGUAUUACAAAAAAGUACACAUUUAAUCCACCUUAAAGAAAUUCAUAUGUAGAUAAAGAUGAUUUUUAACAGAUAUUUGAAAUUUGCAGUAGAAGAAGCACUUUAAAAAAAAUUAAAAUUAGUUUUAUUUCACUUUAAAGUCAAAACAACAAAGUCAAUAUAACAAAAAUACCUGUGAGCUAUUAAAAAGAAUGGAAGUUCUAUACCUUUGGAGAGGGCAAUGGCUUCACAAAUUAAAUUCAUAUUUGAAAUUAUUUUGUUCAUCUUUUGUCCCUUUUCAAUUAGGCUUAACAGUUUUAAUUAAAUACAAUAGACCAGUUUUUCCAUCAGGUCACUGAAAAUAAGUAAUUUUUGCUAUUUUUCUGAUGAUUAACAAUGUUGUUUUGACAUAUUUCUUUGGGAGAAAAAAGACAUAAGAGGGAGAAUCUACAAAGAGAAGUAUAUUGCAUAUUUAUCUUAACUGCUUAUCAGCAAAAUCAUUUCAAUGAAAGAAUGCUGUCAGAAUUGCUUGAAGGGGGGGCAAUAGUUUAAUUUCAUAUAUGUUUCUGUUUAAAAUAACUUGGCAUGUCCAAUUCAAAAAAAGUGAUAAGGCUGGAAAUGAAUGAAUACAUCAUUUUGUUGUGCAAGAAAAUAUUUUAGGCAUAUACUUUGGAGGGAAAGGGAAAUGGAAGGCAAAAGGAAUGAAAAGUGCAGUAUCUGAGGAUCAAAUCAAUAGUAGAUAUUGUCUGUCCUAAUUUUGUCCCCUGAGGAUUAAACUAUUUGAGAGUAAUUUGUUUUGUUUUCUUAAUAAAGUUUUUAUUACUACUUUUACUUUAUUCUAUGAUCCAGAAACACAUUUCUAGAAUUUGAUGUAUUUAUUUCCAUUAAAUGCUUUGCUAAAUUUACCUUAU